AUGCCUUCAUCUAUUUUACCUUCUUUUUAAAAUAAACAAGGUUCUAAAUCAACAAUCUAUUUUGAAGCAAAUAGAGAUAUUCGAAAUGUAAGUAGAUUCAUAUUAAAAUUUAAGGGUUGUUAUAGAAGAUGGCAAUAUCAAAGGACUCAAAAAAAUUAAGAAAUAACUAGUAAAUUGAGGCUGAUAAAAUAGAUCGACAUUAUUUUUAGGUAAUUUGAGUAUCAAGGCUAGGAACAUCUUAGAAAAUUAUACAAUGAAUAUGGCAAUAGUUGA